UUCAUAUUUCGUAUUCAUAAUGGAAAGUUUCGAGAUCACUCAGCCUUCUCAGUUCAUGGUGACAGUUUUUAAGUUUGCUGGUUUGUGGCAUAAUAAAGAACCAUGGACGAUCGUAGAGUACGUUCACUCAGUCCUGGUUCAAGUUCCAUUCUCUAUUGCCUACGUCCUUUUUAUGUGCAUCAACUUGGCUUUUGUCGAUGAUUUGAAGACAUCCACCGAGUCGCUGUACAUGACACUAACAGAACUGGCAAUGUUGGCCAAGUCAUACAACUUAGUAAGAAAACAUCAAGAAAUCGCAGCCUUGCUGAAGAAAAUGCAAUCCCCGAUCCUAGCACCAAGGACCGCGAAAGAGUUAGACAUGUACAAGCGACCAUAUAGGAGCUUCAACAGACAACGCGUAAUAUUCGUCGUAAUAUCUAUCUCCUGUAUCGUGUCAGGAUAUAUAGCUGCAGCUGCGUCACAAGUCAUGAAGCUGCCCUUCCCAGCGUGGCUUCCCUUUGACUGGAAAUCGUCUGGUAGAAACUAUUGGAUUGGCUAUUCAUAUGAAGUCCUUGCCAUGACAUUGACGACCAUUACAAAUGCGUCUUGUGAUUUAUUCCAAGCUUAUAUUUUGUUUCAGAUAGCUCUGUUUUUUCAACUUCUGUCUACCAGAUUGCAGGCUUUAGGAUACAGUGAUAAUGCUUCCAAGUUCACCUUAAUGGAGAGCAUGCAGAUGCAUCAAUACAUAGCAAGUAUGGCUAAGGAUGCGGAAAAGAUACUCACAUAUCCGUUGUUUUUCCAGAUCAACGUAAGCGCCAUCGUCAUCUGUUUUUCGGCAUUCCAACUAACACUGCUUUCGCCAGUCAAAGAUCCUGGAACAUUCCUUCAAUAUUUCUACUACAUGGGAGCCAUGAUUAUCGAAAUUCUAUUGCCUUGCUACUAUGGAAAUGAAAUCACAGUUCAAAGUGAUCUAACUUCAACAGCCGUUUACAACUCAAACUGGACUGAGAUGUCUCAUCCGCAUAAGCGGUUAAUCUACCAAUUUAUGGAACGACUAAAAAGACCCACCAGAAUCUUGGCUGGCGGGUAUUUCAUGGUAAAUCUAAAAGCACUCAUGUCGUUCAUUAUUGUGUUCCCUUCAAACGUGACAAUGGAAAAAUUCGAUGCGAUCAAACCUACUGGCUUCAUGCUCACCAAUUUCAAAUUCGUGGGACUAUGGCACAGCAAGGACCAAUGGACAGCUCGCGAAUAUAUUCACACAACGGCUUUAUUGAUUCUUUUCUUUAUCAUUUACGAGAUUCUAAUAUGCAUUAACCUAGCGUUCAUCGUCGACUUGGAAUCAUCAUCCGAAUCACUAUUCAUCAGUUUAACGGAGCUGUCCUUGUUAGUGAAAGUUUUCAACUUCCUAGGAUAUCAUAGGAAAAUUCGAAAUUUACUUCAAAGAAUACAAUCUGCGAGGCUAGCACCAAAGACCGAGGAAGAAGUGGAUUUUUUUGAACGAUUUCAUAAAAACUUCAACUUUCAACGGAGAAUGUUUAUCAAUAUAUGCAUUGUGUGUCUCAGUUCUGGUUACGUAACGUCAAUUCUAUCUAGCGAGCCUAGGCUUCCGUUUCCAGCUUGGUUUCCAUUUGACUGGAAAUCAUCCUCGAGAAAUUUCUGGAUAGCCCUUUUGUACGACAUCGUCGCCACCACCAUAACUGCGAUAAACAACUGCUGCCUUGACUUGUUUCAAGCCUACAUGCUCUUUCAAAUUUCCGUAUUUUUCCGCCUAUUAUCAACUAGGUUGGAAGCUAUCGGGCAAUCAGAGGUAAAUGAAAAUGGGCAAACGAAAAAGCCACCAAAAGAAGAGCUACUUCAGUGCAUCAAAAUGCAUCAACAACUUACCAGUAUGGCUCAGCAAGCAGAGGAAGUCGUCAACUAUCCAGUAUUUAUUCAAAUUAAUAUCAGCACCAUCGUUUUAUGCUUCACAGCUUUUCUGUUGACAGUGACCUCGCCUCUCCAAGAGCCAUUAAAAUUCAUUUCAUACCUCUACUGCAUUGGGACCAUGUUGAUCCAGAUCCUGCUACCUUGCUACUACGGGAAUGAAAUAAUUAUUUCAAGCGACCAAGUAUCUACAGCGAUUUACAGCUCCAACUGGGCUGAGAUGCCCAUGCACUAUAAGCGACUAAUGUUCCAAUUCCUGGAACGACUUAAAAAACCCAUGGUCGUGUCAGCUGGAGGGUAUUUCCCCAUUAAUUUGAACACCUUCAUGUCGGUUAUUCAAAGCGCAUAUAGUCUCUUCGCCUUGAUUAUGAACUUGGACAAUUAGGAGCCCACCGUCAUGUACUACCAAUAUCCACUUCUAGCUUAUUUCCUUGAAGCAUUCAUGGUUAAUAGUCAUUCAUUAGUAAACAGUCAAAAUAGUGAUGGUUGUCCAAGAGAGCACGUUAAAACUUGGUUAGAUUAAAUUUGUUUGAAAAAAAUUGGUCUUUCUGGGCCCAAGCAUUUCUUUUAGUUUAAAAAUCUAAAAACACAACCGCGCAGAUCCGUGUUCAAUAGAAAAAAAGCAAAUAAAUUU